GAGCCAGCCAUGCCAACACCUGGGGACCCGGGCUGAGGAUGUGAGGCUGGACCCUGCUUGGGGUGGGGGGGGGGGUGGGGGGGGUGCUCCUCUCUUGCACGGGAAAGCCAAUGGCAAGGGCGGCGGCGGGAUCGCGGCCAUGCGGCACGGUGGGUGCGGGGAGGAGCAGGCGGGAACCGGCCUGACCGGUUGGGUGCCGGCACCCCCCAGUGCCGGGGGGCUCGGGCAGCCCCGCCGCCGGCACGUGGCCUGGUUGAAGGUCACCGUCCCUGUGGCCACACACCCGCCGGGGCGAACGGGCUCGUCGCCCUGCCGCGACCCGGCCCUCUGCCACAAAUCCGGUGGCACCGAGCGGUUUCAGUGGCACCGAACGGUUUCGGUGCCGUGGGAGGAUCCCGGUGCCACGGUGGGGAGCGGCCAGCGGUAACUGGCUGUCCGGAAGGGCGAGCCGACGCUGAGCUCACCGGGAAGGUGUCCCGUGGGUGCGGCGGUGACGCAUGGCCCCGGCGCGGGGUGCCAGCGGGUGGGGGCUCGGCGAUGGCGCUGGUCCUGCCGGCGCACCUCCUCCCCCGGGAGCAUGGCCCCCGGCUCCUGGGGCGUAUCACCUGGCUCUAGGGCCCACCCUGUGCCCUACUGGUGCCGGGGGAUGCCGGCAUGCCGGUCCCCGCCUGCUCGCAGCACCCUGCCCUGAGCCCUGUGCCGGAGCCCAGCCGUGCCAUGGAGGAACCGGCCGGCAUCGGGGCCGAGCCGUGGGCCGAGGGGCUGCACAACAGCAACAACAAUGCUUCUCCGGGCGGGGGGUGGCCAGGCGCCCGCGGCGGGCACCCCCUGGCACCUUUCGGCAACGCCGGGGCUGAGCCCAGCUACCUGGGGCGGGUGGUGCUGGAGAUCGUGGAGUCGGAGCGCACCUACGCCCGCGACCUGCGCAGCAUCGUGGAGGGUUACCUGGGCAAGAUCAUCGAUGCGGAGGAGCCGGUGCUGCGGCCGGAGCAGGUCAGCGCACUUUUUGGCAACAUCGAGGACAUCUAUGAGCUCAGCAGCACCCUGCUGCAAAACCUGGAGAGCUGCGCCAGCGACCCCGUGGCCGUGGCUGUCUGCUUUGUCACCCGGAGCCAGGAAUUUGCCAUCUACACCCAGUACUGCAACAACUACCCCAGCUCGGUGGCAGCGCUGGCCGAGUGCAUGAGGAGCAAGCCGCAGGCUCGGUUCCUCCGCGAGUGUCAGGACCGGCUGCGGCACGCUCUGCCCCUCGGCGCUUACCUGCUCAAGCCUGUCCAGAGGAUCCUCAAGUACCACUUGUUGCUCCAGGAGAUCGCCAAGCACUUUGAGCACAAGUCGGGGGAUGAUUACGAGGUGGUCCUGGAGGCCAUCGACACCAUGACCUGCGUCGCCUGGUACAUCAACGACAUGAAGCGCAAGCACGAGCACGCCAUCCGCCAGCAGGAGAUCCAGUCGCUGCUGCUGGGCUGGAAGGGACCAGACCUGACCAGUUACGGGGAACUGGUGCUGGAGGGCACUUUCCGAGUGCAGCGGGUACGGCACGAGCGCGCCGUCUUCCUCUUCGACAAGACCCUCCUCAUCACCAAGCGCCGUGGCGACCACUACGUCUACAAGAGCCACAUCCCAUGCUCCUCGCUGAUGCUGAUCGAGAGCACGCGGGACUCGCUUUGCUUCAGCCUGGCUCACUACAAGCACGGCAAGCAGCAGCACAGCCUGCAGGCCAAGAGCGUGGAGGAGAAGCGCAUGUGGACCCACCACAUCAAGCGGCUCAUCCUGGAGAACCACCACGCCAUCAUCCCCCAGAAGGCUAAGGAAGCCAUCCUGGAGAUGGAUUUGUUCUACCCCCCCCGCCUGCCCCACUGCAGCCCUGAGCACCUGAAGAAGAGCUGGUCCUGCCAGCCCCUGGGUGACACUGCUGCCGAGCCACGCCAGGGCCGCCGGCAAUCCGAGCCCUUCCAGUGCCGGGACCGCGCGGAGACGCUGCCAGACCGGCUGCACGGGCACACGGGGCGCAGGCAGUCGGAGCCUGCCAAGCAGAUCCUGCGGCAGCUGGGCGAGCAAGGGCUCAAGCACGCCGGCAGCGAUGGGGCUCUCCUGGGGGUGGGGGAGCCCCCGCAGCACCCCAGAGCCUGGGUGGUGACUGAGGGCGUGGUGGAGGAAGAAGAGGAGGAGGAAGAGGAGGCAGCAGCUUUGGGCAAGGACGGCCAGGAGGAGCUGCCCAGGGCCGGGGACCUGCUGGUGGAACCCCAGGAGGAGCAGGCCAGGGGGCACCCACCAGCGCCGGAGGGACCCAAGCGCCCAAGCAGCUGGGGGCCGGGGAGCUGCGAGAAGGUCAGUGUGACCCCGCAGCUCCUGCCCGGGGGUCCCCAGGGAUCCAGCACCCACCCACCCACCCCUCUGCAGGCCGGCAGCACCCUGGAGCACCCCGAGGGGCUGGGGCCACCCAACACCCCAUCCUCAGCGGGGACCCCGGCACCGGUGCUGCCCGGUGAGGAGGGGGAGCCGGAGCGCGCUGCGGAGGAUUUACAGGGACUGAGCAGCGAGGAGGAAGAGGAGGAGGAGGAAGAAGCUGCUGGCAGCAUCCUGCCGCCUUCGGUGCUGGACCAGGCCAGCGUCAUCGCCGAGCGGUUCGGCGGCGGCGGCAGCUUCUCGCGCCGCAGCAGCCUGGCGCUGGAGGGGCCGGUGGGGCGGCCGGCUAGCCGCAGCAGCAGCACCCUCAGCCUGGACGGUGGCCCCCAGCUUGAAAGCGGAGAGCCCGGGGGGUCCCACAGCACCGUCCCCUCGCCCGAACCACUCACCGGAACCCACCGGGAGUCACAGCUCUCCAGCCGGGACCGCUUGCUCCUCGAUAAGAUCAAGAGCUACUACGGCCACGCCGAGCACCGCGACGCCGGCUUCAGCGUCUGCCGCCGCGAGAGCCUCUCCUUCAUCCCCAAGGGGCUGGUACGAAGCUCCGUCUGCCGCCUCAACGGUCUCCCCCGGCCCCCGGCGAGCCCUGAGCCCCCCACCCAGCCGGCACCGGGGGGACCCGAGGCAUCACCAGAGGAGCCAUGCCGGGAAAACGGGCUGCAGCCCCCCGAGCCGCUGCUUAUCCUGGAAGAGGAUGACCUGGAUGGCGGGGGCGAGGGGCCGCCGGCCGAGCCACCGCCACGGCUGCUGCUGACCCCCCCGCACCCCGGCACCAAGGUUUACCAGCUGGCGCGGCAAUACAGCCUCCGCAUCAAGAGCCGCCGCGCCGGCGGCCGCUGCGCCCCACGCCAGCCGGAGGAGGGGAACCCCUGCGCUGGCACCCCCGCCGUGACCGCGCUGCAAGAUGGGGGGCUGGCAGUAUCCCCCUCCCCGGCUGCCCCCCGCAGCCCCUCGAGCCCCAGCGGCGCUGAACCCUUCGCCUGGCCUGACGUGCGUGAGCUUCGUGCCCGUUUCGGUGCCCCGCGGCCACCAGCCGUCAGCCGCAGCCGUUCAGCGCCCGAGGGGCCGUGCCGGGGUGGCCGCCCGACCGAGAAGGAGCGGGGCAGCGGCCGGAGCCGGAGCGCCGAGGCAUGUGGGGGGCUCAGCACCCCUGGGCCAGCACCGGCACGGCACGGCAGCGAUGGGGCGUUGUGGGUGGCAGCGGAGGCCCCCCUGGGCCCCGGGCAGCGGGUGCUGGUGCUGGAGCGGGUACCGGCCCCCACCGAGUCCCAGACCUAUGUGCAGAUCCGCUCGCCCACCACCCGGGAGAAGAUCUGCUUGAAGGCGGUGGUGGAGCGCUGCAAAGCCUACCAGGCCUCCGAGGAGUACCGGCGGCGCUGCCCCGAGCCCCCCGACACCCCCUCGCCCCCUCGCCACGGCCUCGUCAGGGACCUGCGGCAGAAAUUUCAGACUCUCAACGCCACCAGCUAGGGGGGAGAAGGGGCGUCCUGCGGACCCCAGGGGAAGGAAAACCACAACUUGCCCAGGCGGAGGGGCACCCCAUGGACCUCCAACCUACCUGGAAAAAGGGGCACCCCAUGGACCCCCAACCUGCCCAGAAGAAGGGGCACCCCAUGGACCCCCAGUGUGCCCAGAAGGGACCUCCCGUGGACCCCCAGUGUGACCAUAAAGGGACACCCCAUGGACCCCCAGCUCACCCAGGAGGAGGCACCCUGUGGACCUCCAACCUACCUGGAAAAAGGGGCACCCCAUGGACCCCCAACCUGCCCAGAAGAAGGGGCACUCCAUGGACCCCCAGUGUGCCCAGAAGGGACACCCCGUGGACCCCCAGCUCACCCAGGAGAAGGGGCACGCCAUGGAUGUCCAACCUACCUGGAAGAACGGGCACCCCAUGGACCCUCAACCUGCCCAGGAGAAGGGGCACCCCAUGGACCCCCACAUCACUUGGGAGAAGGAGCACCCUGGGGACCCCCACCCUGCCUAGGAGAAGGGGCACCCCAUGCCCCCCCCCCCCCCCCCCUCUAGCCUGCAGAGGCACCCCACGCAUCCCCCUUGGCACCCAGCACUGCGCCCAGCUUGCUUUCACAUCUUUAUUA